UUUCUAAAAGGUACAAUGGCUUCUCGAAACCCAAAUUCCAUGGAUACUAUACUUACGUAUGAUAAUAGAGAUGCGCAAAGUCAAUGGUCCGUCGUUUGGUCAACGAGCCAUAUUCCUGGAAUGGACAACGCUUCAGGCGGCGGCGUUCAGCGAGGCAUACAGGGUCGUCGCAAUUUAAGACUUGGUUCACUAGCUCUUGGCGCUUUUUUAACUAUGCAUUGCCGAGUUGCGGCUUCAGUACUCACAGGAGGAUUUUUUGUAUUUAUGUUAUUUCUAAUCAUGGCGACUGGACUGCUUGCAAAUCCUUCACGACAUUUUGAAGUUUACCUCGGGCAGUGGAGUAUUAGUGGCCCCGGGCGUGCUUUUCGUAUUCUGCCAAUGUUUGAAGGUAUCGGCUUAGCAAUAUGUAUCAAUGCUUUAGUGCGAGCAAUUCUUUGUAGCACAAUUGCUGCUAUAGCCUCAAUCUACGUCUUGCACUCCGUAUCUGACUCUAAAUUACCUUUUACAUUUUGCAGAGAUUUUGAUCUUAAACCAUACGACCCGAUUUUGAAAAAUCUUACGUUUAUGAUGUUAAGGGAGUCUAGAUUUUUGUUGGAAACUGGCGAAGUUUUUGAGGAAAAAUUUUUAACUGAACACGUUACAGUUGGGACGUAUGAUUUUGCAUGGAGAAAUGUAACUGACCAAAACCUGCUACGUAAAAGACCAAAGCAUAAUGUUACUCGAAGACGUUACCUCCAACCAAUAGAAAUGUGCAAUGAGAGAUAUUCCUUAGGCUAUCCAAUUCUGUACAGCACUCCAGCUUAUAACUUUUUUUACGUGGAAGUCGUUUUGUUCCGUGAAGAUUACAAUUUCGGCCAUUUCAAUAUGCCGUUAUCGUUUUGUUUAGUUUUAGUAUGGGGUGUUUUAUGGGCACUUUUGAUAAAGGAACGUCUUUCUCACGGCAGGUUAAUUUGGAAUAACAUGUAUUCUUGGCUAGUCAUCGUGCCGUGGUUUUGGGCGACAUUACUUUUAUUUACUUCUGUUAUAAAACUUGUAACCUCACCUGAAGCCUGGCGUAAAGUUUUUAGGAUGGGUUCUAAGGAAGUACUUUCAGCUUUAGCUGACGCUUUGGAGGUUUCUCUCUAUAUCCAUUCAGCCAGUGUGGGAUCGGAAAUUAUUCACGGAAAGGGUUUAAACCAUUAUGCUUCGGGUCAUAUCGACCCGCAUCUAAACGGCGAAAACGUAUGGCAUAGUGGGCUAUUACUCUUACUAACUGCACUUCAUUCGGGUGGAGCUGCGAUCUGUGCGCUAGUCGAUUGUAUACAGCCUAAUACUAAAGCUGUUUACACCAUGCAGGAAAGUACGUUAUGGAUAAUUCCUAUGUACUCUAAGUGUACGUUGAUCAAAAACUAUUCGCAUUUCAUAUCGGCACUUAUAUUCAGUGGGAUUGCAUUUUCAUACAUGAGCGUGGCAUUUGUUCUCGUCAAAACAGCACUACAUACAAUAUUUGAAUAUAAAGUCAAAUUAGUGUUUGCAGAACAAGCUGUAGUGGCUGGAACGAUCUUGACCUGCAUGGGAUUUAGUCUUCUCUUUGCAACAACAGGUGGUGUAGCGCUACUCGAAAGUGUGGAUGCGAUAAUGUCUGGCGUCGCAAUGCCCUGCAUCUGCCUGUUAGAGUUGGUCGCGCUGCUGUACGUGUACGGCAACAACGAUUUCGUUUCCGAUAUGAACAUCGCAACAGAGGAGAACGCAUGCUCGUCGAGAAUCGGCACUCAGUGGCAGAUUAUCCCCUUCAUCAUGGUGGUGAGAUUAAUUUUAACAACGAAUAUCGACUGA